AUGGCUGGGUCCGCGGGGGAGGCGCUGUCAGUGCGAGACAACCUGCACAAGAACUACGCCGGGGAACACCCUAGGGAUAGGACAAUAUUUGCUGUUGUAUCACUGUUCUUCAUGAUGAUACUCUCCCUGCUUUUGGGAGCACGAUUUAACAGACUGAGAGAGAGUGCAAUGAUAUUGCGAAACGUCACUUCGAUAAUUGUACUCAUCUUGUAUUUCCUUGCUCUUGCGUUCAUCUUUUCCUCAGCCAUUAUGCUUGCAGGACAAGGCCUGUUCAAUCACAAUCUUUGCUUCUCAGCAACUUGGAUAUGUCUCAUCCUUUACACCGCAUGUAAGGGCACAAUCUAUAUCUUCAUUGUUGAACGAAUUCACGCCGUCCGCGCCCCGUUUGUCCGCCGCACCCGCGAUUGGCUUUACUGGUCUCUGAUGGCCAUCGUUGUUGGAUCGUUCUUCGGAGUUGCCAUCAACGCCUACCUCAAACUCAUCAUUAAGAUGCAAGACGACGGACGCUGCCAUAUGGGCAUUCCAGGACAGGCUUCCAUUCCAUUCAUGGUUGUCGACAUCAGUGUCAACGCUGCACUGACCGGUGUAUUUUUCUACCUUCUUCGACCGGUGGUGAACCUCCAUGGAUUGAACACGAUCUCCGGUGUGUUUGGGAAGAGUUCAGUUAAGAAUCGGGACAUGCCCCAGGCAAGGAAGGAAACAGCAGUGCAGCGUAACAUUAGAAUCCUGCUGUGGAAAAGCCUGUUCGGAAGUAUGCUCAUCACGCUACCCACCAUUGCCAACAUGGUUCAAUUCUACAUUACUGGGGGUCGAGAGUUGGCACUAAUCUGCUUAUCACUGUGUGUUGUGGAUGUCAGCUGGGACGCUGUAGUCAUCCACUGGUUGACUUUUGGAUCGGCGGAGGCCGAGAAGGAGUUCACUCGCUCAACGCAAGAAUCUCUGCGGUCGAUGCGCGUGCCCACACCUGGCUCGUUGCGCCCUAAGGAGUCUCAGGAAGUAAUCAUGUCUUCACCUAUGCUAUGGAGGAUCAACUCAUUGAAUGAGAAAAACGAAGCCUGCGAGGCUAUCACUCCGGCGAGAAUGCCUUGGGUAAAUAUCAGGAAAGUCGCGAGUAGAUAA